AUGAACCGGCCGCCUAUCUUCAAGCCUUCACCGCCAGCACACAUAUCCCCUAAACCUGGUAGCCAUCACCGGAAUGAUGUCCCAGAAUAUCGAAAGGGUAGAAAGACAUACUGCUUUAUCAACCCAUGGAUGACUGCCAUGAAGGAUAGAUCGGCCUCUCUUGACCCUGCUCAGACCGUCUCUGUCCGUGUGAAACGCACAGGGUACCCAGUUACCCUCGCUACCAGCGGGCUAUGA